CAAUCGGCGUCCCGGAAGGAGCACGUUUCGGCGUCUGAGCCGGCGAAUGACAGCAGCGCCGCCCGCCGGUCGCGGCCGCGGCACCGCCGGUGUCCCGAGCCUCCUGUCAGCGAGCCUCUCUGCUAGGCGAGCGGCGUGCCUCCCCGCGUGUCUGUGACCCGGAGGGCUCUCCCCGCUCUCCCCGGCCCCUGCCCAGCUGUCCCUCCGCUGCCGGCGCCAUGGGCAGCGAGCAGAGCGCGGAGGCCGAGAGCCGCCCCGGCGAUCUGAACGCCUCAGUGACUCCAUCUCCAGCUAAACACCGGGCCAAGAUGGAUGAUAUCGUGGUGGUAGCUCAGGGCUCUCAGGCCUCCAGGAACGUCAGCAAUGAUCCUGACGUCAUCAAGCUGCAAGAGAUCCCAACCUUCCAGCCCCUUUUAAAAGGGCUCUUGAGUGGACAGACGUCCCCAACAAAUGCCAAACUGGAGAAGCUGGACUCUCAGCAGGUGUUGCAGCUCUGCCUACGGUACCAAGAUCACCUGCACCAGUGUGCAGAAGCAGUUGCUUUUGAUCAGAAUGCUCUAGUCAAGCGAAUCAAAGAGAUGGAUCUGUCCGUGGAAACCCUCUUUUGCUUCAUGCAGGAGCGCCAGAAAAGAUACGCCAAGUAUGCGGAGCAGAUCCAGAAGGUUAACGAGAUGUCGGCCAUACUGCGCCGUAUCCAGAUGGGCAUCGACCAGACGGUGCCACUGAUGGAGAGGCUGAACAGCAUGCUGCCCGAGACCGAGCGCCUGGAGCCCUUCAGCAUGCGGCCUGAGCGGGAGCGGCACUAGCAGGCACCUGCCUCCCUGGCCGCAGCUCCUCCAGCCUCUGCCUGGCCCUAAUGUUUGCUUAGAUGCGGUUGACCGACACCCGACUUUCCCAGGUGGUCGUUCUUGAUUCCCGAAGUUGGGACAGCUGAAUUUUUGAGUUCUUUAAAGAACAUUGCCUCCAGAGUUAGUUUUAUUUUGCUCAGAUUUUUUAAAUUAAAAGUGUAUAUAGACUAGCUUCUGCAAUGAAACUGGAGAAAACGUUAACAAACUGUGUUCUCCUUUGCACCGGUGAGACUCCGGCUUCUAUGGGUUGUGGUCGUAAAUAUAAGAUCUAAGUCCAGUUCCCGUCCCCACGAAAGCUGCCAUCACAUCAGGGAGCUGUCUCCCAGUGUCCUCCUCCCCUCCCGGAACACUGCCUGUUUCCAGGUGCCAUGCCCCUCCCUCCUGCGGGCCGCUGGAAACUGAAGGUGCCCUUCACCCACUCUUGAAGUUGUCUGUUAGAACUGCUUGCCAGACGGAAUUCAGCCUCUGUGACCGUGGGCAGACCUCGGCCUCCAUAACAAGGUCUGCACCAACAUCUGAUCGCACCCUCCAAUAGCGGUCUUUCGCUCACUCCAGAGAUCCGCUGAGCUCCGCUGGUGCUCCAGGGACAUGAGAAGGACUACCUAGCCUCUGCCUUCCACUGUCCGUGCUGGGGAUCAUGAAGCUGAGGAAAGAAUGCCUGCCCAUCUCAGGAGUUCAAGGAAGAAGGCCCAAGGGAGGGAGGGGAGGGAUGAAUGCCGGACAGGCAUGAAGAGAAGAGCUGGGGUCUGAAGAGAUCAGGGCUGGAGUCUGCAGCUGCUACCUUGCUCCCUGUAUUCUUCCAGAACCCAGAGUAUCAGGAGCCAGAGAGCCUUCAGGGUUUUUAUAAGAUUAAAAUUAAUCUGCUUAA